AUGCCCAUUAGGUAUUCAUACAAAGACAUAAGGGCAAGGACCAACAACUUUAAGGAGAAAUUAGGUGAAGGAGGCUAUGGUUUGGUUUACAAAGGAAAACUAUGGAGUGGAGAUUUAGUUGCUAUCAAGAUGCUGAACAAAUCAAAUGCUGAUGGACAAGAGUUCAUUAAUGAAGUUGCAACUAUUAGACAAAUUCACCAUGUGAACGUGGUUCGGUUGGUAGGAUUUUGUGUCGCUCCCUCAAAACAUGCCCUAGUAUAUGAUGACAUGCCGAAUGGCUCUCUAGAUAAGUUAAUUUUCUCAGACAGUCAAAAUGGUCAUCCAUUGAGUUGGAAGCAAACUUGUGAGAUUGCAAAAGGAGUUGCUCAUGGGAUUGAAUACUUGCAUCAGGGGUGUAAUAUGCAAAUUCUGCAUUUUGAUAUUAAGCCACAUAACAUCUUACUUAAUGAGAACUUUGUUCCAAAAGUUGCAGACUUUGGACCCGCAAAACUUUACCCGACGCAAAAAAGUGUUUCAAGUCUUACAGCUAUCAGAGGAACAUUAGGUUACAUGGCUCCGGAAUUGUUCUACAAAAAGAUUGGAAGAGUCUCAGACAAGGCAGACAUUUACAACUAUGGAAUGUUGCUAAUGGAGAUGGCAGAAAGGAGGAGAAAUGGUAAUGGACAUGUAGAACAUUCAAGUCAAAUAUACUUCCCGUCAUGGAUAUACGAUAAACUCGAUCGAGGGAAGGAAUUGGAAAUUGGGGAUCAUGCAACUGAAGAAGAAAAGUCAAUUAGUAGAAAGUUGAUUUUGAUAGCAUUAUGGUGCACACAAAUGACACCUGAGGAUCGUGCUGUAAUGAGAGAAGUCUUAGAAAUGCUUGAAGGUAAUCUUAGUGGCCUAAAGUUUCCCCACAGACCAUUGUUUACCCUCCAGAUUCACCCAUAUCCAUGCAAGGAAGCAGUAAUAUUAGCUAAUUCUGAUGAGUCAACAGUAACGCUGUGUAGCUCUAUUGCUUUAGAAAUGGAGCAGAUGGAUGACUAA